CUGCCGCUGCUGCUGCUGCUGCUGCCCGCCGGGUGCCCGGUGCGGGCGCAGAACGACACGGAGCCCAUCGUCCUGGAGGGGAAGUGCCUGGUGGUCUGCGACUCCAGCCCCUCGGCCGACGGCGCCAUCACCUCCUCCCUGGGGAUCUCGGUGCGCUCGGGCAGCGCCAAGGUGGCCUUCUCGGCCACCCGCAGCACCAACCACGAGCCCUCCGAGAUGAGCAACCGCACCAUGACCAUCUACUUCGACCAGGUAUUAGUUAAUAUUGGCAACCAUUUUGAUCUUACUUCCAGUAUAUUUGUAGCACCAAGAAAAGGGAUAUAUAGUUUCAGUUUCCACGUGGUCAAGGUCUAUAACAGACAAACCAUCCAGGUAAGUUUAAUGCAAAACGGCUACCCAGUGAUUUCAGCUUUUGCAGGGGAUCAAGACGUCACCAGAGAAGCAGCCAGCAAUGGGGUCUUGCUCCUCAUGGAAAGAGAAGACAAAGUGCAUCUCAAACUGGAAAGGGGUAACCUCAUGGGAGGGUGGAAAUAUUCAACCUUUUCCGGCUUCUUAGUCUUUCCACUAUAAAAGAAGGCCAAAUAGGAGACAGAUCCAUGAGCCGGAGCAAGGAUUCAAUUGUUAAUGACACCCUGAACUUGGCAGCACAUGAGAAUAUUUUCAGUCACCCCGUCAGACUGUCACAGUAGAAGAAUGAUAACCUUCUAAACUCCAACAUUUGCUUUGAAUAUUGACAAUUCCUUGGAACCUGCGCCUCUAAUUAGUUUUAGACGACAGUGAUCUGUAGGAGAAAUGAAAUUAUCGACCUGAGCAAUUUGUACCUGUGAUUGUAAAGUCAAUUUUGGAUUUUAUUGUUGGGAUCAUUGACUUUCUUAUUCUAUUUUUUCCUCUCUUUCAUUUUUUCCUGUUUUUCUUUCUCUUGUUGUUGUCCCAAUGAAACAAAUAACUCGGACCACAAAAUCACUUUGUCAAAGGCUCACUCCAGAGCCAGAAGAAUGGAGUGUUCAGCCCAAUGAGGUGUUCUUUCCAUGCUUUAUUUCUUUGUGUUGUAUAGCCUUAAGGAAAAAAAAAAAAAAAAAGAAAAAAAAAGAAAAGAAAAAAAAAAGGAGAAAAAAAAAAGAAUGGCUUCAGUCUCAGUCCUGUAUUUUUCUGGGGGAGGGGGAAUCUGGACAUUACUGUGUCAAGAAGUGCUUUAUCCAGUGAAGCAAAAUUUGCACGAUUGGAACCUUAUUUGUAUUGUUCGUGUUUUUCAUCAGUUUUUAUUUUUCCUGGUUUUUGUUUGUGUGUGCUAAAAAUGUAAGCUAGAUUGAUCAAUAAGACAAAACAAAGCACAUAUAUACCCUGUAGCUCUAAGUAAAGCUAACCAGUGAACAAUUCUGUCUGCACUUUCCAGCUGAUCUUUAUAGACCUAUUUAGAGAGAGAGAAAGAGGGAGAAAGAGCAAGAGAGCUACAUGAUCCUUCAAUUACAAUCUGGAAACUGGUAAAGGAACUGACAUUUCUGAAUUGUCCUGACAUUUCUAGAAGCAACAGUGGAGGCUUUGAAUAUCUUCUCUGACCAUACCCUAAAAUAUAUCCUUUCUUUGCAUUACCAUAUUUUGGGUGCUUUUAUCUGGUAUUUAUUUAUUUGUCCACUAAUUCUUGAGUACACAUUGUGGGAGCACAGAGACAUGGCAGAGCAAAUUCUUCCUCUUCCAAAUUAAAUAAAACCAUCUCCCACUUGAGCUGUCCGUGGCAAGUAUUGGAGGAGUAGACACAAGCGUCUUUGACAGCCUUGAGGAGAGUGGCCUCAGCAGGAGAGGGGCCUCAGAGGAUCAACAAACGUUCCAGAAGUUGGCACAGGUGCCAUGUAUAUAUUCACUGCGAUUGCUCUUCUCAGCACAAAUGGCCUCACAGUUCUAGGGGUGGACUGACAUCAAUAAUGAACACUGGGAAAAUUAUUAUCUCAAUCAACAAGAGGUAAAAUAUCAGGCCAAUGUCAAUUGUAUCCUUGUGCCUCGUUCUCAAUAAACAGAUCUUGUUUCUUCAGUUUUUUAA